AUGUUGCUGUUCAAAUCCAGAGCAGCCACUCGCAGGAGCGGCUUGGCCGGGGCCGUGCGCGCCCCAGCAGCGCGGGCCGGGCGUGCCGGAGCGCCCAGCGGGCGAGCACCUGACACGGCUGAGGCUUGGCUGCUAGCGGGCAGCCCUGAAAUGGCGAAAGCUCCACUCCCAGCUGGCCCAUGCCGAUUUGGUGGUGCUCAGCGGCACGUGCAGAGUGUUCUCAGAGACUCUGUAGAGAGUUCUGAUGAUGAAUUCUUUGAUGCACGAGAAGAGAUGGUGGAAGGAAAAAAUGCUAUUCUCAUAGGCAUGAGCCAGUGGAACUCAAAUGACCUUGUUGAGCAGAUAGAAACAAUUGGGAAGCUUGAAGAAAAUCAAGGUGAAGAGUCUGCAUUUUGCUCAUCUGGCUUACUACAGGAAAAACAACGUGAAUUAUAUAGAACCUCUUCAAGAAAACAAAGGUUCCCUGCUCAAGACAGUAUUGAAAUACAUGAGGACAAUGGGGAAGGAGUUCAACAGCAGAAUUGUAAAACUCAUGUGUUAAUUUUGAUCCUACAUGGGGGGAACAUAUUAGACACUGGAAGUGGAGACCACAGCAGCAAGCUGGCAGAUAUCAACACCUUCAGUUCUGUGUUUGAGAAGGUGACCCGAGCCCAUUUCCCUGCCUCUUUGGGUCAUAUCUUAAUGAAACUUGUUCCCUGCCCAGAAAUCUGUUCAGCAGCUUUCUCUCUUGUUUCCAGCCUAAAUCCUUACAGCUAUGAUGAGAGCUGUCUCAGCAGUAGUGAAGACCACAUCCCACUGGCUGCCUUGCCUUUGCUGGCUGUUUCAUCUCCUCAGUACCAGGAUGCAGUUGCCAUGGUGAUCAGUAGAGCCAAUCAAGUUUACAAUGAGUUUCUCAAAUCUACUGAUGGGGCUGGUUUUAAUGGACAGGUGUGUCUUAUAGGUGACUGCAUUGGAGGAAUUUUGGGCUUUGAUGCCAUCUGCUAUAAUUCUAAUACAGCUUAUGAGAGUCGGAACAGUAGCAGGAGAGGAAGCAUCAGCAGCAUCCAGGAUAAUCCACUCUUAGCAGAGGACUCCAGUCUGGGUGACAGCAAACACCUGAGCAAAAGCAAUAUUGACAUCUCAGGAAUCAUGGAGGAUGAGAAGCAAAGGCUGUCGCUGCCUUGGAAACAGAGUGACUCAUCCACUUACGACUGUGAUACCAUAACCCAGCACCAUGCGUUCCUGUCCAGCAUACACUCAAGCGUGUUGAAAGAUGGUGCAGACCUUCCUCCAGUGGAUUCCAGUCUCUCAGAAGUAAAUCUGGGCCGAUUUGAGUUUGAGGUGUCUGAUUUCUUCCUUUUUGGAUCACCUCUUGGUUUGGUGCUGGCCAUGAGGAGCACUGUUCUGCCUGGUCUGGAUGUAUGCCAGGUCCGACCAGCCUGCAGCCAAGUGUACAGCUUCUUUCACUCUGCUGACCCCUCUGCCUGCAGACUUGAACCAUUGUUGGAGAAAAAAUUCCAUCUUCUUCCUCCAUUCAAUGUCCCACGGUACCAGAGAUACCCACUAGGGGAUGGAAGAUCUCACCAGUUAGGUGAUGCUCUCCACAAUCACAGUGGUCUGUUCCUUGAGAAUAGCUCUUUGAACAUACCUUUCUCUCAGGAGAAUCCUGGAUCUCCAAGUACUUCUGAUCAAUCACAAGGGAAAACAAGAAAGUUGAGCUUGGGCAGCACAAACAGUGAAAACUCCGGGUCCACUGAAAGCUUGCCAUCAGCAUGCCUCACCAACAUUACUGCAAAGUGGUGGGGAACAAAACGAAUAGAUUAUGCCUUGUAUUGUCCAGAUGUGCUGACAGCCUUUCCAACAGUGGCCCUGCCACAUCUCUUUCAUGCCAGCUACUGGGAAUCAACAGACGUUGUGGCCUUCAUCCUAAGACAGGUGAUGAGGUAUGAAAAUGUAAAUUUCAAGGAAAAUGACAACCUGGAUCCAGAAACACUAAGUCCAUCCAAUCCACGAGAAAAAUGGCUACGCAAAAGGACACAUGUCAAAUUAAGGAAUGUGACUGCUAAUCACCGAGCUAAUGAUGUCAUUGCAGCAGAAGAUGGUCCUCAGGUACUAGUUGGGCGCUUUAUGUAUGGACCUCUGGACAUGGUGGCUUUAACAGGUGAAAAGGUGGAUAUCUUCAUAAUGACUGAGCCAUCUUCGGGUAGGUGGGUGUAUUUUGACACAGAGAUCUCCAACAGCAGUGGACGAAUAUCCUACAAUAUACCUGAACAGAAGAGACUGAGAGUUGGUGUGUAUCCCAUCAAAAUGGUGGUCAGAGGGGACCAGACCAGUGCUGCAAGUUACCUGACUGUACUGCCUCGAGGAAUGGAGUGUGUUGUAUUCAGCAUUGAUGGUUCCUUUGCAGCAAGUGUUUCAAUUAUGGGAAGUGACCCCAAAGUCCGAGCGGGGGCUGUUGAUGUUGUCAGACACUGGCAGGACCUGGGAUAUCUGAUUAUCUAUAUCACUGGCCGUCCAGAUAUGCAAAAACAGCGUGUGGUUUCGUGGUUGUCCCAACACAAUUUCCCACAAGGGAUGAUCUUCUUCUCAGAUGGACUUGUUCAUGAUCCACUGCGACAAAAGACCAUUUUUCUCCGGAAUCUCGUGCAAGAGUGCCACAUUAAAAUCUGUGCUGCAUAUGGUUCCAUGAAGGAUAUUUCUGUGUACAGUGUCUUGGCUCUGUCACCAUCCCAGAUCUACAUAGUUGGACGAUCCACAAAGAAAUACCAGGCACAGUGCCAAUUCCUCAGUGAAGGUUAUGCAGCCCACUUGGCCUCGCUGGAAUUCAAUCUCCAUUCACGACCCAAAAAGAACAACUCCCGGAUGAUCUUGAGAAAAGGCAGCUUUGGCCUCCACUCGCAACCUGAAUUUUUGCGCAAGAGAAACCACCUCCGCAGGACUAUGUCUGUGCAGCAACCUGACCCACCUUCUGCAAACCCCAAGCCAGAGCGUGCUCAGAGCCAGCCUGAAUCAGACAAAGAUCAUGACAGGCAUUUGCCUUCCAUUGCUUGGGUUCGAGGUGGAGUUCACAAAUUUGAAUCUAUUCCCUAGGAGGAUUGGGAAUGUAGAUCUUGGGUGCACCCCAUUAAUCUUGUAGGUAUGCCUCAAAGAUAGUAUUUAGGCAGCUCCAAACUUAGAGAAGUAGACAGGAAUUUGUACUUUGUACAGGAGUCUUCCCUGUUCUGAAAUCUGCCUUCUUACACCAAGUGUGGCACUUGCAGUAUCUUCCUCUUAUCAUGUUUAUUGGGGAAGUUUAAAAAAAUCUAGAACUAUCACAAGUUUAUCAUCAUAGCAACAGGUUAUUUUUUUUUUUUUUUAACAGAUAUAAUAUGUGCAAUAAGAGUAAAAGAUACUGAUUUUACUCAGAAGGAUUGUGGUAUCAGCUAAUUAGCUGCACCCAAAACAGUAUAAAAGGUAGGCCCCAUAGGUUACAGAGAAUGUUUACACUUUAAACAUUAAGUAGUCAUGACUGUUUCCACUUCACUUUUCAAUAAAAGCGAUAAAGGGAAGCAGCAGUGGGAGCUGGAGUGGGGUGGUUAGGACUUGUACAACAAGAUGCUUUCUGGGUGCCUUAAACCCAAGGUUUCCUUUCAGCCUACAAUGUUGGUAAACAGACUCCAACCUGGGCACUCAUAUUUGUGUGAGGUGCUGGACAAAUAAACGAGAGAACUUCACUUGUGAACCAAACAUAAAAACUUCAUGUUAAAAAUAAAUGUGUCUGCCACAGUUUGAACACAGUUCGUGUUGUUGUAAACAAAGUAGUGUGCAACUGUACAAAGAUCACAUUGUUUGUGGAACUUGGUAACUGUGCAGAAAUGUGUGGACUACUCCAAAGACGAUGGCUCUGAUGAUCUCAGUCUGAGAGUCAGAUCCUGAGGGCAAGUUAAAAGGAACUGUUUUACUAAGGGAUCUGCAAACUUCAGAGCAAUUACUUUUUUAAUUAUUCUAACUAGAAUCUUUACACUGGAGGGGAAAAAAAGUAAGUAAAUUGAUAAAUUGUUUACCUUCUCAUGCUUCACAGCAACCAGCUGUAUUAAGACAAUCUGUAGCAUUCAGAAUUAUAGAAUUUGAAGUUCAAAGAGUGGACGUGUGAAAAAGCAGGUGCCAAACAGACAUUUUUCUACUGAUUUAAAUAUUUCUCUGCUCUCUCAAUGGACUUACUAGAAGUAAAAUGUGUGACAUUUUCCCUAAGUAGUAAUGUUUCCAAGGCAUUAUAGUUACUUUAACAUUGUAGCAGUUUGCAGAUUCUUCAUGCAGAUACUUCCAUUAAUUCAUUAAGAGAACUUCAAUGACAGAAUUGAUGCAUGUUUUAAAACCUGCAAUGAAGUUACCAGUGUACGUUAGAAAAAACUGGGUUUUUUUAGCAUUAAAAGCAUAGUAUUGACACUGAGAAAACUUGAAGUCACAAGGUUUGUUGUUUGUUUUUUAUUUCAGGGAAUUGGGAUGGAGAGGUUGUUUUGCUUCUCCAUCACCCUUUCAGGUUUUGCUAGACCAGAAAGUCUCUCACCAAGUUGGUUAAUGAUUUUGAAAGUUAACAUAUAAAACAAGAAAUGCAAUGGAAAACUAUUAAGACUCCACAGAAGUAAAGUAAGUCUAUACUCCCUGUUAACCCUGAAGUUCCAAAAGUGGGCUUUUGGAAGGGCGUAGGAGUGUGGCUUUAGCCUUAAGAGGUAAAAAAAUAGCUUAUAAGUGGAGUUCUUUGAUUUACAUUUUCAGGCAUUACUUGGCAAGGUUGUCAGUUACCUAUUUCAAACUUCCUGAAAUAUCUCUGGCACAUCAGUAGUUGGUUUUGGGUUUUUUUUUCCCUCUAAUGCUUCCUUUAAGGGAAGCGGUAACCUCUACUGAAGAUUAAGGGCGGAUAGUAAAAGGUUUGAUAGAAAACACUCUUUGGGAGCAGAUAAGUACAUUACAAGGGGCUAGGGUUUUGUGCUUUGUUACUACAAAAGCUAAAUGAAAGAUAGUUUGCAGGCUGCAUUGAAGCAGUCUUUACAAAUGCUUUCCCAGUACUAUCAUGGUUCUUGGACCCAUGAAAUUGGAGGAAUUAUUCCAUGUUCUCUCUCAACCCACUACAUGUAUUAAUUCUAAUAUGUGAAUGGAAGGCUUGUGAGAGAGGAACUUACUAGGAAAAUUUUAAGUUUGUUGAGGGGUCUAAAAUAUUGACUGAUCAAAAAGUUCUUUUUAAGCAUUGGGUGUUUGUAGAAUGUCUCCUGACAGUAAUUGCUAUUCCUGUUCAAAGCUACUGUUGCUUUAGCCAUCUACCUCUAUCACCCAAGAGACUUGAAAACCUAUUUUUUUUGUUAUAAAUUGCUGUAGUAGAAAGAUCUACUUCCUUUCAAAAGAGGGAUCUGUGUGUAAUUCUGUGACUGUGUUGAAGGAAAUAGUGUCUGAGUACAAAGUUAGAAAAAUCUCCUAGAUUAUAAAGGGCUGUCUUUUACUCUUGGAGACAUAAUGUCAUUUUACAGGGUUCCAUGUCAUGAAGACUCUGAUUUUGUGUAUUUCUAUUAAUAGCCAGGUCACAUUUACAGUAGUCACUGUGCUGGCUUCCCUUAAGAAUAUUAGAAGAUAGUAGCAGUAAAACAAUGUGUGUGUGUGCGUGUGUGCACACGCACUUGUAUGUGUAUGAUUUAGUGUGGUAACAAGUCCAAAGUUUCUACAAAUGGUAUUAAAUUAAAACUGAAAAUAUUGUCUCUAACUUUGUUUUACAAUAUAUGAGAGCUUAUAUAGCAUUUUCAUAAUUCCAGCACUGCUGACUGCUCAUGGCUAGAAUGGCUGUGCAUUUUGGCAAAAUAGUGAUACAGGCAUUUUAGCUACACAGUUUGUCCACAUGAAACUGCAUCCAGUCAUUCAGAGGCAUUCAGCUUGCAGCUGGAUUUCAGUUCUACUUGUGUUUUCAUGGAAGAUCAGUCCCCUAGGCAGGCCAUUCACUGAGGGUAAGUUUGAUCCUAGAGUCAUCUUGAUUGCAAGUUCCCAUUGCUGCAGUUUCUAUGCAGUCAGCACUUACUUAAACUAUACAAACUAUGAAGGUGUUUUAACAUGCACAGAAGGGAAAGGGACAGAGAAGUCAGGUGAGUGUGCCCACAGAACAUACAUUAGACUUGUCAGUUGUUUCAGCACCAUCAGUUUAGUGCCUCCAGUGUGUAACAGAAAAGCACAUUCUUUUAACAUGCUGAAUGAAGGAAGCAUAAAUAAAAUUGUAAAACACAAAAUUGUUAGUCCAGGGGGUGCUAAGGCUACAGUUUAAGUAAGCUACAACUGGAAGCAUUUACUUCUUUGUCCAGUUGAUAUGGAUUCAUUUUAAAUUACUGUAAAAAAAAUGGCUGUGAUUAAUAACAGUGGUAGAGUUAUUUGAGAUAUUGUGAAAACACACUUUCACAACUGUGGUGUUUUGGUUUUGUCUCUGUGUGUGUGUGUAUAGCUACUGGAAGACACUUAAGUUUUGGUUCUGCUUUCACAGCAAAUUUGUAACCAGUAUACA